AUGUGCUACUGGAGAACUACCCAGCACUGGACUCAGUGUGGCUGCACUGUUUCUAACCUUGAUCCUCAGCCCGGCACCUCCUGCCGCUGCACGAGCAACGUCACCGAUCAGGGCUCGACGACGUGGGAGGGCUACUGUGGACGUCCUCAGUGCCCUAACCCUCCUCGGGCGACCUACGAUCCUCGAUACCCUCGAAGAAAGGGAGAAAAGCUAUGA